ACUUUUGAAAGGAUGUGAUUUCCGCCUUGGUCUAAAGUUAUUCUUCCGGUGACAAAGGUCAGCUUCGUGGUUGCGCGAAGGGGCAAGGAGCCACAGAACUUGACGGAGCAACGACCCAAAAUCAUGUCCCACACCAUCCUAUUGGUGCAGCCCACUAAGAGGCCGGAGGGAAGGACGUAUGCCGACUAUGAAUCCGUGAAUGAGUGUAUGGAAGGCGUAUGUAAGAUGUAUGAGGAGCACCUGAAGAGAAUGAACCCCAACAGUCCUUCAAUAACAUACGACAUCAGCCAGCUGUUUGACUUCAUCGAUGACCUGGCAGACCUCAGCUGUUUGGUGUAUCGUGCUGACACGCAGACGUACCAACCGUACAACAAAGACUGGAUCAAAGAGAAGAUCUACGUUCUGCUUCGCCGUCAGGCCCAGCAGGCGGGGAAAUGAAGCCGCUGCAGCCUGCGGUGCAUGAGGGCCGGGUGGUGGAGGGAGGACCUGGUUAUGGAAUGGACAAGGGCUGAACCAUGUUAUGGAGGCCAAGUGUUUCCUCUUUGUACGUUUUCAAGAAAAGUUUCCUUUGUUACUUGUUUUCUAUGAUGGGAUGGGGUUGUUUUUUUUUGUAAUAACGUUGUCCACUAAUAAAGGUUUGGCUUUGCUUUAAA